AUGAGCGCGCCCCCCCGCGCCGCCCCCAUCUUCGCGCCCGGCGAGAACUGCAGCCCCGCGUGGGGUGCGGCGCCCGCGGGCUACGACGCGGCGGACACGCACCUGCAGAUCCUGGGCAAGCCGGUGAUGGAGCGCUGGGAGACGCCGUACAUGCACGCCCUGGCCGCCACCGCCGCCUCCAGAGGCGGCCGCGUCCUGGAGGUGGGCUUUGGCAUGGCCAUUGCAGCCUCCAGGAUCCAGGAGGCACCCAUCGAGGAGCACUGGAUCAUUGAGUGCAACGAGGGCGUCUUCCAGCGGCUCCAGGACUGGGCCCCACGGCAGCCACACAAGGUUGUCCCCUUGAAAGGCCUGUGGGAGGAGGUGGCACCCACUCUGCCAGAUGGUCACUUUGAUGGGAUCCUGUAUGACACGUACCCGCUGUCCGAGGACACCUGGCACACUCACCAGUUCAACUUCAUCAAGGAACACGCCUUUCGCCUGCUGAAGCCGGGGGGUACCCUCACCUACUGCAAUCUCACAUCCUGGGGGGAGCUGAUGAAGACCAAGUACUCAGAUAUCACCACCAUGUUUGAGGAGACGCAGGUGCCCACGCUGCUGGAAGCAGGCUUCAAGCGGGAAAACAUCCACACAGAGGUGAUGGGGCUGACCCCGCCAGCCGACUGCCGCUACUACGCCUUCCCACAGAUGAUCACACCUAUGGUGACGAAGCACUGAGCUGCCCCAGGUCUCCUGACCUCUGGCAGCUCCCCUUGACCCUCCACCCAGUGCCUUCGAGGCCAGUGCACAGGCCCUGGCUUCCCAGCCCGGGUUAGAGCCCUGGCUGUGCCUCCACUACCUUUGACAUCAGGCAAAUUUCAUAACUUUCCUUCUCCUCGUUUCCAAAAAGGAAACACUACUACCUGCCUCUGAGUUGUUGAGGUUGAAAUAAAACGCUAACACUGGGCUUGGCCAAUCAGUACUGUGCAAA